AUGGAAAGUAUGGAAGAAAAUCAAGGAUUAAAACUUGUCGACGAUACUUCUCGCAGUACGAAUAUUCCUAAUAAUGACGAAAAAACCAACAAUGAUGAUGAUAACAAUAAGCUUGGAAUUGAAGAUAAUAACAAGCAUGAGGAUAUCCAAAUUAAAGCCAAUAAAGAAGAAUCAAUCGCAUUCAAAUUACAAUUUGAUGAAAUUGCAAUUGCCGCAAAAUUGUUAGAAAAUGCUAAAUCAAAUAACAAUAAUCGUUAUUAUAAUUCGCACGCAAAGACAAAUUCUUUAUCUUCAUUAAAUAAUAGAAGAAUAUCUGAAAUUGAAAAUUCAUAUUUCGCACAUCAAAAAUCUUAUUCUUACCAAUCAUCAUUAAAAUAUCAUAAUUAUCAUAACCAAGCAAAACACAAACGUAACAAUUCUUCAGUUCCAAAAUUAAAUCUUAAUGGAAUCAGCAACAAUUCAUAUUAUCCAACAACAACAAACAGAAAUGUUAAACUGAAUUCUUUGUCAUCAAUUCCAUAUGUUAGUUAUGAUGUAUUUGAUGAAUUGAGUUUUGAUGAUGCAUUUGGUUUAAAAUCUUCUUUAAAAGAAUUUGAUUAUAAAUUUAAUAAUAAUAGACAUGAUUCAGAUUGGGAUUCAUUAUCCAGUGGUCAAGGAUAUCCACCACUUAACCCGUCUUCAAUUCAUUCCUCAUCCUCCUCAUUUUCUCCGAGUUUGUCGCCUUACUACCCUUCGACAAAAUCAAGUUAUCAUCAACAUCAUCACUGGUUUUUGGAUGAUAAAGAAUUUUUUGCUCAACAAUUAUUGUUAGAAGAAGAACGCAAAUUACUUGAAAUACAACAAAUUCAAUUAAACGAUGCAAUUGCUGCUCACCAAUUGCGUCUUAAAUCGGAAGCAAACAAUAACAAUAAUAAUUUUGAUCCAUUAUUUAAAUUUAAUUUAAUAUAA